GGCUCUGCAGAUUCGCCGCUCACGUUUCUUUUUUCCGCGGAGCCUACUGCUCUUUGUUCCGGUCUUCGUGUCGUCCUCGACACGGUUUUUUUCAGAGCAAAAGCUUGAGUCGGUGCUAUGCUUUUCUCGGUACGCAGCGGGCCCUUCGGCUUGUAGCGAAAGUGUGGCUGCGGAAGAGCAGGUACUCGCGGAGCUCCGCGGAGGCGCGUUGGGGCUCCCGGCGCCGGCGACGACGACGACGAACGGAGCAGACGGAGGCGGCGCUUGAGGCAGCGGCGAAGCCCAUGCCCCGGAACGGCGGGAGGACCCGGAGAGACGAGUCCGGGGCCCGGGGCAUGUCCCCGGGGCCCCCGUGAGGAGGAGGAGGCGGCGGCGGCGAUGGAGAUCCCGCCGCAGGAGGCUCCGCCCGGGCCGGGCGCGGACGCCGACGCGGACGCGGAGGCCGAGGAGGCCCCUGCCGAAGCUGAGUCUCCUCCUGGGGCCUCGCCCCCGGCCGAUGGCCGCCUUAAGGCUGCUGCUAAGCGUGUCACGUUCCCGUCUGACGAGGACAUCGUGUCUGGAGCGGUGGAGCCCAAAGACCCCUGGAGACACGCCCAGAAUGUGACGGUGGAUGAGGUGAUCAGUGCCUACAGACAGGCCUGCCAGAAGCUGAACUGCCGACAAAUCCCCAAGCUCCUCAGGCAGCUGCAGGAGUUCACAGAUCUUGAGCAACGCAUCAACUGCCUGGACCUAAAAGGGGAGAAGCUUGAUUAUAAGACCUGUGAGGCUCUGGAGGAGGUCUUUAAGAGGCUGCAGUUCAAGGUCGUGGACCUGGAGCAAACCAACUUAGAUGAGGAUGGUGCCUCAGCCCUCUUUGACAUGAUUGAGUACUACGAGUCGGCCACCCACCUCAACAUCUCUUUCAACAAGCACAUCGGCACUCGGGGCUGGCAGGCUGCUGCCCACAUGAUGCGCAAGACAAGUUGCCUACAAUACCUAGAUGCCCGCAACACACCACUGCUGGACCACUCGGCACCCUUUGUGGCUCGUGCCCUGCGCAUCCGCAGCAGCCUGGCAGUGCUGCACCUAGAAAAUGCCAGCCUGUCUGGGCGGCCCCUUAUGCUGCUGGCCACAGCCCUGAAGAUGAACAUGAACCUCCGAGAACUGUACUUGGCAGACAACAAGCUCAACGGCCUGCAGGACUCUGCCCAGCUGGGCAACUUGCUCAAAUUCAACUGCUCCCUGCAAAUUCUGGACCUGCGGAACAACCACGUGCUGGACUCAGGUCUGGCCUACAUCUGCGAGGGUCUCAAGGAGCAGAGGAAGGGGCUGGUGACCCUGGUGCUGUGGAAUAACCAGCUCACACACACGGGCAUGGCCUUCUUGGGCAUGGCACUGCCACACACACAGAGUCUGGAGACACUGAACCUGGGCCACAACCCCAUUGGGAACGAGGGUGUACGAAACCUCAAGAAUGGGCUCAUCAGCAACCGCAGUGUGCUGCGCCUCGGCCUUGCCUCAACCAAGCUCACGUGCGAGGGCGCGGUGGCCGUGGCAGAGUUCAUCGCCGAGAGCCCCCGCCUCCUGAGACUGGACCUCCGGGAAAACGAGAUCAAGACAGGCGGGCUCAUGGCGCUGUCCUUGGCCCUCAAGGUGAACCACUCCCUGCUUCGAUUGGACCUGGACCGAGAACCCAAGAAGGAGCCGGUGAAGAGCUUCAUCGAGACGCAGAAGGCACUACUGGCUGAGAUCCAGAACGGCUGCAAGCGCAACUUUGUGCUGGUUCGAGAGCGUGAGGAGAAGCAGCAGCUGCAGCUGUCAGCCUCCAUGCCUGAGAUCACCAUCACUGCACCGCAGCCCCUGGAAGAGUCUGGGGAGCUGCCAGCCAUCGGGUCUCAGAAUGGGGCCCCUCGCCCUGGACCUGGCCCUGACUCAGACUCAGACUCAGACUCUGACAGGGAGGAGCAGGAGGAAGAGGAGGAGCACCAACAAAACCAGCAUAGGGACGAGGGGGUCACCGAUCAGAGCUCCUUGGCCUCCUGCCCUGCCCUCAUACCUUCCACAGACUCCCUAGGCCCUGGUGACAAGAGCCCCCCAGGCAGUCCCUCCUCUCCCACAGAGCAGCGUAUUUCUGUCUCCAGCCCAGGCCGAGGCCACAAGGUAUUUGUGGUGACCCGGGUGGAGAGUCCACCUGAGAGGCCAGAGCCCCCUGUUCCUCCCACCUUUGUCUCCUCUCCUCCACCCUCUCCUCCCUCCCCGCCUGCCUCUCCACCAUCUCAGACCAUGGACAUCCAGGACCCAGAGUCAUCUGAGGCUCAGCUCCAGCUGGAGCCAUCUCAGGCAGGGCAGCCACUGCCCAAUGGCCUGAAGCCUGAGUUUGCCCUCGCACUUCCCCCAGAGCCUCCCCCAGGGCUGGAGGCUAAGGGAGGCAGCUGCAGCCUGGAGCACGCACUGCACCGCUCCCAGGGUGUUAGCAAGCUGGAGGAACUGCUUCUAGAGGCCAGUCAGGAGGCCCCGCGGGACACACUGUGACACUUUCUUUUGUUCCGGACGUCUGUGAUGAGCUGAAGCCAUCCCCAAGGGUCUGCUGACUCCCCGCCUAGUCCCCUCCCAGGAGACCAGGCAGAGCAUCCCAGGCCUCUCCACAACAACACUACAGCCACUAGGGGCACAGGGCUGGGAGUGGCUUCCUGGACUUGAGCGCAUAUUUAUGUGUCUGCCACUCCCCAGGGUGGGUCUUCAGCAGACUGGAGGAAGAAGAUGCAAGGAGCUCUCCAGGGUCACCAGCCACAAGGCUGUCCUGGUCUUGGAGAGCCCAGUGACCAGCCUGUCCUGGGAGGAUUAGGAGUCGGGGCAGACGUACAACGGCUCCUGACCCCUCUCGGGACCUAGCUGGUGAGCGUGGUGGUAGUUUGCCAGCCCCUGUGGGGUGGGGCCAGCAAGAAGGAACAGAGCUUUUUUUCUAAAGUGCAAUAAAAUCUAUCAGGGAGCUGGGCAAGCAGCAGUGUAGUUCUGGGACCCUGCUGCCCAGGCUAUUGAGGCUGCGCCCUGGCAGGCACUACAGCAGUGGGCAGUGGGAGGGUGGACGGUGAGGGUGGGCUGGGCUGGGCCACUCCUGUUGGAGCAGCUCUCACACCUUUUCUAAUAAACGGAGCUGGGGUCA